AUGAGCCGCCUGGAGCCACCUGCGGACAACGAGCCCGGCGCCCCGAAGGAGGAGGUGGGCGCCCCGGAAGAGGAGGUCCGGACGCUGUUCAUCAGUGGCCUUCCUGUGGAUAUUAAGCCCAGAGAACUUUACCUGCUCUUCAGGCCAUUCAAGGGCUAUGAAGGCUCCCUCAUCAAGUUCACCUCAAAACAGCCUGUUGGUUUUGUAAGCUUUGACAGUCGGCCCAGAGCAGAAGUGGCCAAGAACGCCUUGAAUGGUAUCCGGUUUGAUCCUGAGAACUCUCAGACCUUGAAGCUAGAGUUUGCCAAAGCCAACACCAAGAUGGCCAGGAAUAAGCUCAUAGCCACACCGAACCCCACCAGCUCUCACCCUGCCCUCGGUGCACACUUCAUCACCCAGGACCCCUAUGACCUGAUAGGGGCUCCCCUUAUCGCUGCAUCCCCAGAGGCCUGGGCCCCCUACCCUCUGUACACCACAGAGCUGGCCCCUGCCAUUUCUCAAGCUGCCUUCACCUACCCAGCGUGCACUGCUUCUGCCACCACCACCCUGAAUGCACAGGUGCGCUGGUGCCUGGCCUCUGACAGUGCCCAGCCAGGGUGGAAGUCCCGCCAGUUCUGCUAGUGUUUUGGUGGGAAGCAUCCUUCUCCGGCACAGCACACCCCACUCCUGCCACUGGUCCCCCUUGUUUCCAGACUUCAGAAUCAACCAGAAUAAAAAUAUGUUUGCACCCUGUGUGGCAAAAUAUUUAUGUAUCCUAAAGGGUUUUUCAUGUGUGCAAUUAAUUAUUGAAGAGACCUCACUGGCUCUGUCAGAUAAGUUUAAUGUUUCCUUUGAGGCAUGAAGAAGAAAAGAAUUUCCGUUCUUCAGCAUUGAGCCUUUGUUUAAGGAAUAUGAAGGAAAAACAUGCAAUUUUCUUUUCAUCCCAAUUUUCUUUUCUUUUGUGAGCGCUUAGUGGUCACUUGGCCACUGCUCUGUGGCUGUCUGGCCAUUUUCAGACGUGGAAGUCUUGCUGAGCAUUUAAGAAUGUGAAAGUGGAUAAUCUAUGACAUGCAAAAUAAAAAAUAUUUCGAGU